AGAACCAUGUUUGCUGGAAGUUGGCGGCUGUGGGUGGGCUGCAGUCUCUCUAUUCUAAGGGCUGCCUUCAUUCUCCUGAGCUGACUGUGUGAAGCUGAGGAGUCUGUAUGCAAAAUAGAAGGGGAAAACGCCAGGAUUCAAAAUGCAAAUUCCUAUCUCCAGAUUGCUAGAAGCUUGAGUUGUCUAGAAAAUGAAGGAAGCUGCAUCUCCGUUUCUUUGCAUUUUCAAGAAAUUGGUCCAGGCGAUGAAGCAGAACUCUUCCUGACACCAAUUGCUUCAUUGACAUCAUAGGCGGACGCUGACUCUUGGGGUUUUGCCGGGUGGGGGUACUACAGAUAUGCUGACUCUACAUGUAGCACUGUUAUGUAGGACACCAGAGUCACCUUUUAUUGCCUGCAGCAUGAUGUUUGCUCAACUCGGCAGUAUGAAGUGUACACACCAGCACUCACCUCUGCCUGGUUUAGAAGCAAUAAGUAACCAGCCCUGAAGAGGUUGGGGUUUAAUUGCUGUGAAAAAGCCACUGAAUAAGGUAGCUUUUUGCACAGCUUGUCUGGCUUCCCAGCAGCGACGCUCUUUUACACUCAGUGCUGCCUUUUCAUCUCUUGGCGUCGGGGUGGUUUCCUGGCGCAUUCUUACCUGGAAGCAAGAGAGGACAUGCCUGAAUUGGCUUUCUUGGCAGGACGCCACAUGCUCAGGCAAUGGCUCCGUUCCCCCAGGCUUGCCUGGACUCUGCUCCCUCUCCUUCUCCUCCACCCCGGCUAGAAUUCUGUCUCAGCCCUCCCACCUACUCCUGGGACCUGUCCGGCGCACGCGUCUCCCCUGACUGCACCCUCAGGCUCUCGGGCCCACUCCCCCGCGAUGCUUGGCACACUCCACCCCCUCCCCUCAAAGUCACUCCAAACCCAGCUACGCUGUGCGUGCAAAAGUCUCCAGGCCUGGCCCAUCGCACAGCCUGGGCCUGUUUGUGCCUCCCUGCUGUCUCAGCUGUGUGGGACAGGCAUGUCAUUCGCUGUCCCAGCUGCUGUACAGUGCCAGGUACGUGAUGAACCAGGUGCCAGAAGGGAGGCAGGCUCACAGUGCAAUCCUCAGCUUGUCUGAUACUGAGCUGCAAGGGGGAGCCUUAGAACAGAGCCAUUCAAAGUAGCUUCCUUCCCUCCAGGAGCGGCAGGACCACCUGGGCCUGGUUGAAUCACAGGGGUCAGUUUGCCUUUCAUUGGGUGAUGGGCUCAGGUUUUCUUCCGGGCACUCGAUGGGGACCAGCCCAGGCUAAACAUUCUGGAAACAAUCAAGUUAAUCUCAGAAGAGGCUGUUGGCCUGAAUUCCUGACCUAUCAGAGAGGGCGCAAAUGCACAGUCCAUAAUGCCUGAAGUCCGAGACCUUUCAGAUGCCUUGCCAGACGUGCCAAUGGAUCCUAUCACAGGCGUUGGGGUGGUUGCAUCUCGGAACCGGGCACCUACAGGUUACGACGUAGUUGCACAAACAGCAGAUGGCUUGGAUGCUGACCUCUGGAAAGAUGGCUUAUUUAAAUCCAAGGUCACAAGAUACCUGUGCUUCACAAGAUCGUUUUCGAAAGAAAAUAGCCAUUUAGGCAACGUCCUGGUCGACAUGAAACUAAUUGAUAUCAAGGACACGCUUCCUGUGGGCUUCAUCCCCAUCCAGGAGACAGUCGAUACACAAGAAAUAGCUUUCAGAAAGAAGAGGCUCUGCAUCAAAUUCAUCCCUCGAGAUUCUACAGAGGCUGCUAUUUGUGAUAUCCGAAUCCUGGGCAGAUCUAAGCAGGCCCCUCCACAGUACACGUUCAUAGGGGAACUUAACAAUAUGGGUAUUUGGUACCGAAUGGGCAGGGUUCCACGAAACCAUGACUCCUCACAACCCGGGACACCUUCUUCCCAAGUACCAGCUUCAACACCAGCUCCUAACCUUCCGAGGCACAUAUCUCUGACGCUUCCCGCGAGCUUUCGAGGCAAAAGUAACAACUCCCGACUCGACUUUGAACACCAGCACUCAAAUUUAUAUGCCAUAUCAGCCAUGGAUGGAGUGCCUUUUAUGAUCUCAGAUAAGUUUGCCUGCGCUCCUGAAGGGAUGCAGCAAGUUGAUCUCUUGGGCAUCACAAUCAAAUCCCUGGCAGAAAUCGAAAAGGAGUAUGACUACAGCUUCAGGACAGAGCAAAGUGCGGCUGCCCGGCUGCCCCCCAGCCCCACUAGAGGUCAGCAGAUGCCACAGUCCUGAGGAGCGAGGGAAGGCCGGCUCCCUGGAGACGCGGCGCGUGCGCACAGAUACUACUGAUGGCAGGCGAGCCCUGAUGAGCAGUGUUACUGGAACCCUUCUCGGCAGAGGGACACUUUUCUAACGACUUGCCUUCCUUCCUGCGCUUUCCCCCAUCAUUUUGUACAUGUUGUUUCUGAGAUUUGGACUGUGUUAACCCUUUCUGCCAGGCGCCCUCACCCCUUAGCCCUGCUGGGGCAAUUCCUCGUCAGGAGUCCCUUAGUCAGAGCUUGACAGAUGGCUUCCUCCGUUCUCCCUGCUUUAUAGCACCUGCUGCAGCAUGCUCACUGCAAUACAGAUCUGGAGUGAAAUGCUGCAAGCCAUGAGCCCCAGCUUGUGGGAAUCUGGAGAGAUUCCCAGCAGUGAGCCCUGCUAGGAUAGAGUGUUUUGGGAAAUGAGGCUAAAAAUACAGCCAGUUAGUCCACAACUCACAAAAUGCACCAGCUUAGACUGGGAACUGCCCCAGCUGCCCCUCUCAGUACAGCAGGUUCUCUGGUUUGUGCAGGGUCAGCGGUCCAGGGCCCGUUCAAGUCCUUAGAUUAGCAAGCUAACCCUGAGUAAUGGUAAACCCUUCAUCUGCCUCUCCAAGUCGACUGCCCAACAGCUCGCUCGUGGCCAGGAUACACCUGAGACCCUAAUGGUUUUUGUUACUUUCAGCUCACGUAGCCAGGGUCGCUCGCUCAGUUCCACUUAGGGCUCUCUCCCAAGUCACUGGCAAAAUGGAGUAGCUCGAAGAGCACAGGGAUCUCAGUGGCGCCUCUCCCUGGCACAAAGGCUGCGUGUCCAUUGCCUGGAAGUAGAGGAUCGUGGCAAAUGUUGCGUAGUUCUCUCUGGCCUAUGGAGAGCAAGCCAGCCAGACCUCUGCAAUGCCAUCCUGACUUCUCCCAGCCACCCGAAAGCUUUGCCAUGGCACCUGCCCAUAAAGUGCGCAUUGGAACCUGCCAGUUACUUUGGCAGUUUUCAAACAUUUGCCCCUGCUGGCUGCUAAAAGGAAAGAGAUUUGUGCGCCCCGUCCCUGCACACUGCUGCACUCGGGGAGGGAAAUGCUAAAGCCUGAUCAUGUUGGACAAGGCUGAGAUAAUUCCACUGGGCAAGUGUCUGAUGCAUUAAACCCUGACCUCAGCAUGCUCACAAGUGGUGUCCCUGGCUCACUCCUGAGUCAAAUGCAUGUCUUGGUGAAGUCUGUUGCUGUAAUAAGUUCUUUAGAAGCAUUCAUCUGAGCUCUGUGCUGCUUUUCAGGUCUGCUGUGGACAAAACUACGUUACAGCAGCGAAAUGGCAUUUUUUAAAAAUUGCUUAAGGAACUGGAUGUUCUGCUGAUCCCACGCUGUGGCCUGGUUUGUCCAUCCCAGAUAUCUGCUCGCCUCAGUGCUGGGGCAUGCGUCUCACCAGCAUUCAGCGGCAAGGUCCUGACUGGCGAGCUCAGCUUGGGCCAAGGGCAGCCAUCUUGCUGGGAAGUGACAGAAUGCAUGGGAGCUAGGGAUAGAGAUGGCGUAGAGCUGAGCUCCAAGCUGCUCUACGGGGGCCUUAAACCACCUGAAGAACAACACUGAGGUUUGGUAUUUAAAAUGGUUUUUUAAUAACUUCAAAGCCAUUGUUGAAUCUAAUAGAACUGGAUUUGUGGCCACUUUCCCUGAGCUCCCAAGAGCUGAGUGCAAACAGCUCCAUAAGAUGGCUGCCUCCUGCACUAGGCUUUACCCCUUUAAAAAAAAAAUGAGCAACUGCCUUGGAGUGAGAGGAGCUUUGCUGGUGGAUUCUCACUCCAUGGAGCUGAGCAGAAUAACUCCAGCUUUCCACGGGAGGAGAGAGGCCUUGUCCCCGACACUGACUCCUCCAGGAUUUAUGGUCCCCGUUAUGAGUUUCCCAUCAUGCAUAUAGGGAAGCAUCAGCCCUGUGCUGAGGGCCAGCAGCAGGCCAACAUGUCCUCCAAAUAGCUUAAGUGGGACAUAAGUGAUGCCUAAGUCUUCUCUGGAUCCUCUGCAUAGGGCUGAAUUCUGCCCAUCGCAGAGGGGGGUGCAUAUCAUUGUAUUAACUAUUACCUCAGCCUUUGCGCCUUGAAGAACCACUUUAAGGUAAAGCUCUCUCUGUGGCAAUGAAGAGAGAGGAUAACAGGACACACUUCAACACUGGUAAUUCUGAGCCAUAAAAGUCAGACGCGGUUGUCAAUAGGGAAGUGUGGUGCUGCUCAAUUUCAUCUGUUCAUUUGGUACAGGGAAACCAAACUGGUUGAAUCUUUCUGGGUUGUUUGUUGUGAAACGAAUUCCUAACAGCAGCAGUUUUAACUGUUGUGUCAUAGAAAUGGAAAAGAAAAACCUUUUAUGCAGUUGUGAAAUGUUUUUAAGAUGCUGCAUUUUUGUUGGGCUAUUGGAAGUGAAUUUACUGUGCAUUAACCUGAUGAAUGUUCUGACUUUUUAUAUUUAUUUUAGAUCACCCUCCUGUAUUUUACAAAGGGAAGUUUCAUUGUGUGAUAACGUCGUCUGUAUUCUUAAUAUAAUUUGCUAAAUAAAAGUUUGUUUUAACUGG